GUACAUAUAAAUAAUGAAAUAUACAUUCGUGAAUUUUGUUACGGCUUAUUUUGGACAAUAAAUUGAUAAAACUUAGGUUUAAUAAAAAAUAUUGAUUGAAUAUUUUGUAAAUAAUUAAGAGGUCAUCGUAAUAUUUUAUUUAAGAAUAGGUUGUAAGGGAUAAAUCACAUAGAGAAUAUUAAGUUUCCGUUAUGAAGUGAUUUCCUAAGGAUAUGUAACGCAUAGAUGCAAAGUAAUUCCUCGUAUUUAGCAAGUUAUUAAUUAUAAAAAAGCAUCAAAAUGAUCCCAUUCGCAACUGCUAUUUUCUCUAGAUAUGUAGGCAGUAGAUAUUUCCAGAUAAGGAGUACUACAUCUUUCUAUUUAAGUACAUCUCGAAUUUGUAGGAAAGUUAAUUAUAAAAUAGGAUUCAGUACAAAAACUGUAAGAUAUGUACAUAUUUCUGCGUAUAAUAACUGUAAAAGUGAAGCAAAGAAAUCGCAAGAACAAGAACAAGCCAAAGAAAAUAAUUCACUAAAAGUGUCUGAGAUCAUUACUAAAAGUAAAGAUAAGAUAGUUGUUAAGACUGAGACUGAUGAAAGUAAAAAAGUAACAAAGGUAACAAUAGAAAGGCCAAAAGAAGCAGCAAGUCCUUCCUCUCAGACAGUUGCACCACCAGCUAAGAAAAGACUUCUCAUUGAUUUUUCUGCAUCAUAUACCGAAAGGAAUUUUAUUACACCAAUGCGGGCCAUGACUGAAUAUCUAUUGAAACAAUCUGAUCUUGAAUCAUUACCAAAAGUACUGCGAAGGUCUCCUUAUGAAUCGGAACCACCCAUAACUGUAUACUACAGAAAGGAUGUUGAAGCUAAAGCCAUUGAAGUCUGGACGUCAAAAGAAAGUUUGGAAAAAGAACUGUUAAGAAGAGAACUAGAUCGAAGGAGAUAUGAACAAGAUGUUUUUACUGUAAAACGAAGAUUAAGAAAUUAUAGGAGAGAAAUGGGACACAAACGUUUAAAACAUGGAGUUGAAGAAAUGGGACUGAAAACAGUAUCGGGGCGAGUUGUUCUUACUGCUGUGGCCAUCAAUGGAUGCAAUUUUGUUUUCAAGCUCUGUGCAUGGCUGUACACCGGUUCUCAUAGUUUAUUCUCGGAAUGCAUUCAUUCAUUAGCAGAUACAGUAAAUCAGUUAAUUUUGGCUUAUGGAAUACAUAAAUCGGUGCAGAUUGCAGACCCCGAUCACCCAUAUGGGUACACCAACAUGAGAUAUGUGUCAUCACUGAUUUCUGGUGUUGGUAUCUUCUGUGUGGGCUGCGGACUUUCCUUCUAUCAUGGUGUCACUGGAAUAUUGGACCCGCAGCCGCUCCAUGAUUUUUAUUGGGCAUACUUCGUAUUGGGCGGAGCCGUCGUCUCUGAGGGCGCCACUCUUAUGGUGGCUUUGAGUGCGAUCAGAAAGGGAGCUAAAGAAGCUAAUAUGUCAUUGUAUGAUUAUGUGAUUCGAAGCUCAGAUCCGUCCGUCAAUGUUGUAUUAUUCGAGGAUACCGCUGCAGUAGCGGGUGUAAUAGUAGCUGGUAGUUGUAUGGCAAUAUCUCAGUAUACUGGCAACCCUUUACCAGAUGCAAUCGGCUCAUUGCUUGUGGGCACUCUGUUGGGUGGUGUUGCCUCAUUUAUCAUUUUGAGUAAUGUUGGUGCUUUGAUUGGGAGAUCAAUCCGCCAAGAGCAACUUGAUGAGAUAAAUAGCGUGUUAGAGAGAGAUUUCAUGAUCCGAGCCAUUCACGAUGUCAAAGGAAUCGACAUUGGCAGCAAUCUUAUUAGAUACAAGGCGGAAGUCGACUUCGACGGUAGAGCCCUCACGCGAUCUUAUUUAGAGAAACACGAUCUGAAUGCAUUAUUAGAGGAUAUGAAUAAGAUUCAAACAAUAGAUGAUGUCGAAGCUUUCCUUCUGAAGCACGGGGAGAACAUAGUUGACAUGUUGGGGGGAGAGAUUGACAGGAUAGAAUUAAAGUUACGGAAAAAGUUUCCUCAAAUACGACACUGCGAUUUGGAGAUUCUAUAGAGGUUAGAAUGUAUAGUGGCUUAUAAUCUAUAGGUCAUUGCUGAAAAUUAGAACAAUAAUUAAUUUCUAAUAUCUAUUUUGACAAUAAUGCACAUUUGAAAAAAAAAUCAUUUAAAUAUGUUAUCUGUGCCCUAAACAAGAAAAAAAUUAUAUCAUUAAUUCACAUAACACAAUGUCAACGUCAAAAUGUUCUAAAUUUGAAUUUUCCGCCAUUCUCAAAUCAAAAGAGAACAGACGAGAACACGAAAAAUUCAAAGCUUAUCUUAUAUAAAUUGUAAUAAAAUCUGAAAAACUUCACAUCUAUUAGUUUUAAACUAAACAAUUCAUCAAUAAAUUUUGAAUAAUUAGUUUAGUAUGAAACCUCUGCUGAUACUGGAAGUAUUGACCACAAUAUGUAGUAAGUAUCCUAAAGCAUAUAAGUCUCGCGUAUUUUUAUUAAUGUUUCAUUACUUUAUUUAUUUAUGUUAAGUCUCUUUGGAAUGUUUAAUACGAAUUCCUAUGCGCAUAGUAUAAAUACUUGUGUAUUGUUAUUCAUAAACACGAGAUAAGUGCCUCGUCUAUGUAUAAUUUAUAAAAAUCCUUAAGCGAUCAUAAAGUUUAAGAAUAAACAAAAAACAUCAAAGGUAAAGUGUAAAAAUUACAAAUUUACAGGGUGUAGGACCAGGAGAAAGAAAACUCGGUUGCUUGAACCAAUUCAAGAUUUAAUUAAAAUUAUUACAG